AUGGCUGGCGUACAGCUCCAACAGCCUACAAUGACUGAUUAUCGUCUCCCGAUGCACCACCAGCCGCCGCCGACUCGAAAACCAGUCGCGGGGAUGCAUUCCGGAUUUCCUUUCCAGGCCUACGAUGGGCCUCACCAGCAGCAGCUUUCUCCCCAUCCGUCUGCCGCCUCCCUUGCGCACAACCGCCGGCGAACCUCCUCCUCUCAUGUGCUACCCUACAUGGCGCAACAGGCCUAUUCCGGGGGUCCUUCACCACAUCAUACCAUGACUGGACCUCCCAAUUAUCCUCCUUCCAGGCGCCUGUCGAGUGCGACCACUUCCACGACCUCCACCGGCAAUGUUACCAACUCCUACUAUGGUGGUAACCCACAUACAGAUAUCCGCCGGAGCACAUCGUCGCGCUCCGCCAAUGCUCAGUUGGGUUACGUGGCUCUGAUGCGGAGACAAAAGGCGACAGUGUGGUGCGAUCGGGCACAGCCCGAGGACCCUCGACUGCGGGCACAGAAACUCGUCGAUAAGAAACGGGCGUACCUGGAAGUCCACGGCGCAGGCGCCGGACGCACGGGUACCCUUGGAAGCGGCAAGAACAAGCAUGGCGGCAAGGGAACCACCGACUUCUCGCCCUCGACCCUCGUCGGCGCUACGGUCCCGGUUCGACUCAGUGCCAACGAGGUCGGCGACGCAGAUGAGGACGCCCACAGUGAUCGAGGAUUUCCUUAUCGUCGGACUGGUAGCGGUCGCAGUUCGCUGGGUAGCAACUCUCGGUAUCCGAGUGGCUACCAACGCACUCCACAGAGCACUAUGGGGAGCAACAGCACCCCUCCCAACGAAAAGACCGACUUGCCCGACGUCUCUGAACACCCGCCAGCGGAAAGCCACGAGACCGAACAGGAUCAUGCCUCUAUCAAGGAUGAUGCUGCCACUACAAACAGCUUUGGUAGUGAGCAUGAGGAGUACUUUGGCACCGUGGGUGACAUGGCCGCACCUAGCGCGGCUUCCGCGGCGAUUGAGAAGGCGAAGAAGGCCGAUGAACUGAGGCGCCGCGGUAGCGUGGAUGAUCGAACGACGUCGAUGACCAAUGUCCGACUUUUCGUGGCGAAUCCAGAUCUGAGUGAUUAG